CCUAAAUCGAAGAUCUCUAAGUUGCAACAGAAAUCAGUUCAAUCAUUUAGCUGAAUUUUUAAUUAGGAAAAUCUCGUCUUCUGGCUCCCAUGGCGUCGUCUCUCAGUUGCGGAGCAGUCUCUUCCUCGAUUAGUUUGGUUGGAAUAAGUUCAAGUAACAAUUUGAGCCAGGGGAGAGAAGAAAGAAGGGAAGAGAGUGAGGAGCAUUUUAUGGAAGAAAAGCAACUUCUUCUCGGUGAAUCUUCUCAGCAGUCCGCCAUUGAUCCUUCUCUUCUACGGCGCAUGUAUGUUGGCCACUUUCUCUCCAGAUGGGGAGCAAGAAUGUGGGAGUUUUCGGUGGCUUUAUACAUGAUAAAUAUAUGGCCAGACUCUUUGCUUUUCACUGCUAUUUAUGGUGUUGUGGAGGCUGCCUCCACAACUUUAUUUGGCCCAGUUGUUGGAACAUGGAUAGAAAAAAUUGCUUAUAAGCAGGUCCUCCGAAUGUGGCUGUUAAUACGAAGUUUAUCUUUUUUGGCUGCUGGAGGUGCGGUUACAGCUCUCCUAGUGUACUUUGGCCCUGCUUCUCAUAAAUCUGUGCCAUUUGUUGCUUUACUAGUCAUAACCAACAUUUCUGGAGCCAUUAGUGUGCUUUCAACUCUUGCUGGUACAAUACUAAUUGAAAGAGAUUGGGUAGUUGUUAUUUCCAACGGGCAACCUCCUGAAGUUCUUGUAAGAAUGAACUCCAUCAUCAGAAGGAUUGAUUUAAUAUGCAAACUUUUUGCACCAGUUUUGACGGGCUUCAUCAUAAGCUUCGUAUCAUUGGUAGCAUCGGCAGUGAUUCUAGCAUUGUGGAAUAUUUUAUCAGUAUGGUUAGAGUAUUGGCUUUGGAUAACUGUGUACAAUGGCUUUCCUGCUCUAAGUGAAAACAGGCAAAGCAGAAAAAUAGAAGUCUUUUCAAAUGAUUCUUUAGGAGCUCGAAUAUUGGAAUUGACUAACAUUUCUAAAGAAGGAACCCUGGAACAAGAAAGGACUAAUUGGAAAAGGAAAAUCACUGAACGCUUGUCAAAGCUACUUAGCUUCGAUGCCUGGAUUGUUUAUUUUAAUCAAGAUGUUGUGCUUCCAGGAGUAGCUUUGGCUUUGCUUUAUUUCAGUGUCUUAAGUUUUGGGACACUAAUGACAGCGACAUUGGAGUGGAAAGGCAUUCCGGCCUAUGUAAUUGGCAUAGCACGGGGGAUUAGUGCCAUUAUAGGAAUAAUGGCAACCGUUGUUUAUCCAAUAGUGCAUUCUCGAAUUUCAACACUACGGACUGGACUAUGGUCUAUAUGGACUCAGUGGUGUUUCCUUUUAGCAUGUUUGGCGUCCAUUUGGAUAAACAACAGCAUUACUUCAGCAUGGAUGCUGAUGGGUGGAGUUGCUGCAUCACGGCUUGGAUUGUGGAUGUUUGAUCUAGGUGUCAUGCAACUGAUGCAGGAUCAAGUCUCUGAAGCUGACAGAUGCAUUGUUGGUGGAGUUCAGAGCUCACUUCAGUCUAUGCUGGAUUUGCUGACUUGCAUAAUGGGGAUGGUUGUUUCAGAUCCAAGGGACUUCGGUCAAUUAGUGAUAUUGUCCUUCAUCAUAGUAAGUUCUGCUGCCAUACUCUACACUUUCCACUGCUAUCGUGUUCGAAAUCACCUGCUUCAUUUGGACAAGAUACUUGCGAAGAUCAACUGGUUGGUUAACUCAUUAUAAGGCAUUGAACAGCUUGGUGUAUUUUAUGAGAAAUCGAAGUUCGGUUCCUAAACAAAUUCCAAAGGUUAGAAUUGGUGGAAGUCAAACAGCCAAUGGAACUGUUUCUUGGAGACUUUUUGUGACCUUUUUUCUUAUUUGUGUUAGUGGAAGGAGCCUCAAUUUACUGAUAAUCCUAAAUUUAAUUAAUAAUCCCUUAUAUCUGAUUUA